UGCUGGAACUUCCAGGACUGGCAUGUGGGCAUUAUUAAAAUCUCACCAUUCAUCGGUCGCCCUGUUGUGCCUGUGCUUUAUGUGGACGGGGUGGUACUUUCUCUAGUACAUUGUACUUCUGUUGAACAGUUCCCAAUUUUGUGAGAUAGACAUGGAAUUAAAAAGUGUUUUCAUCAUGUGUGACUGUGACGGAUAGGUGUCUUCACUGAGGGCAGAGGGGCAGAAGUCACGCCUGCUCCUGAGCCAGACUGUGGAAGUUCUCCUUGACCUGCUCACAAGGCUGGCCACCCGCUACCCGUGUCAGUGUGACGUCACCAACAAGCCCGACUGACUCACGGAAAUUAUAAAUAACCAUGGAAAAAAAACCCACUAUAUUUUAUGCGCUAAUCUUUUGUUUUUAGAUUUCUUAGGUUUAAGUUUGGAUCUGGGAUGCAAAGAAACACCAGGAGCAAAAUUAACUCCAACACUUCUUAAUAAGAGAUACGAUUUUUAAUUGUUCAUAUAUAAUAUAUCAUUUACUUUUCAUAAGCCGCUAGUGCUUAACAACAUGGCCCCAAAAUAUAGUAUCAUAUCUUUGAUGAUCUUUGUAAGGGAGCUGUAUUAAAGUCGUGAAUCGAAAAACCAACGUUACAAAAUGUUCACAAAUUAUGAUCACAAAGUUUAUGAUCACAAAGUUUAUGAUCACAAAGUUUGUGAUCACAAAGUAGGCCUCCGCUACACCCACAGAGAAGUCCACUCAUACGUAGCCUACUCUCUGGACUGGAUCAAGACGUUCCCUCGAUCAGCACCGAUCCAACACAAUAAUAAUAUUAUAGUGCUCCUCCCUCAAGGAUUAAUGCUACACAAAGCAAUUUUUCGAAAACAAUAAAAACUGACGUCAUAGAACCAUG